AUGUCAUUGCUACCGGUCCCAUUUACAAAACACGUAUCCUUGUCUGUUGGUUCUUCAGUGAAAAUCAAAGGGGCACCUGCCAUGCCUCUCAGUAUGGACCCACAAAUGCAGGUGGAUUUCCACACUGGAAACGAAAUUAACUCAGACAUCGCCUUCUGUUUCCGCGUGUACUUUGGCGAAAAAGUGGUGAUGAACACCCGUCAGGGUGGGAUAUGGGGUGAUAAGGAGAUAUCGACUGUUAUACCCUUUGAGGAUGGCCAAUCCUUUGAACUGGACAUCUCGGUGCUGGCAAAGGAGUACCAGGUAUCAGUAAAUGAUGUCCAAUGCUACCAUUUUCACCAUCGAAUUGAGCCAGGAUCUGUGAAGAUGGUGCAAGUGUGGAGAGAUGUCUCCCUGACCUCAGUGACUGUCGCUUAG